AUGCAGGACAUCUUCGGAUCCGUCAGAAGGUCUCUCGUGUUUCGUCAGAAUCCCCACGCGGAUGAGUCGGGCGCCGUUGGUGGGGGCAUCGCGGAAAGGAUCGGAUCUUGCUUGAGGAAGUCGAAGGUCGGACUGGGAGGUAUCGGGAUGGGGCUCCUGUCCAGAAUCCAGAGUCUUGCUCCUCUGCCAGAGCCACCGGCCGUGGAUACUGCUUCCUCUGCGCAGGAUUGCGUCCCCGCAAUCAGGUGGAGGAAGGGUGAACUCAUUGGUUGCGGUGCAUUUGGGCAUGUGUACAUGGGCAUGAACCUCGACUCGGGAGAGCUGCUCGCCGUAAAGCAGGUUUCCUCUGCGUGUGUUUCCGUGCAUAUAUUUAUACUUGCAUCCUCACUUUUUUCCCUUGGCUAUGAUAAUUGAUUUUCAUAUUGAAUUUGGAAUCUUUCUCUAAUCGUGCAUAUCUGCUCACCGUACAGGUUAUGAUUGGGACAAGUAGUGCUUUCAAGGAGAAGGCCCAGGUGAGGAUUUUGAUCAUCUGGUUUUCUCCUAAUUUAUUCUUGAUUUUUUCAUAAUACUGAUAUGACCUUUGUUUUCUUUUAUAACGUUUGAUAUCUUAAUGUUGAAAAAAAUCCAUUAUUUUACCAUCCAAAAUGCUUAUAAAAAAUAAUGAAGGCCCAGAUGGGUUUCCCUUGGAGUUUUGUCAGUUGCAGUCGUUUUUCUUUCAAAAAGUGUAGUCUUGUAGGCUGAUUUCUGAUGUUGGGGGCCAGAUCUGUGACGGGACAGAACUUAUUUGGUUUACUUAUUCAGCGUUUACUUCUUUGAACUAUGAACUUUGAACUUUGUAUAGGAUAACAUACGGGAGCUCGAGGAAGAAGUCAAGCUUCUUAAAAAGCUUUCUCAUCCAAAUAUUGUGGUGAACAUCACAUUAGCAUUAAUAUUUUCUUCUUUUUCGGAAUUGAGUACUCUGUUCUCUUAUCCUAUUAAUCUAUUCAUCAUGGUAGAGAUAUCUGGGAACAGCUAGAGAAGAGGAUACUUUGAAUAUUCUGUUAGAAUUUGUUCCUGGUGGAUCCAUAUCUUCUUUAUUGGGAAAAUUCGGCUCUUUCCCGGAGGCUGUAAGUCGUUUUCUCUCUGAGUGGUAUUCAAAAUUAUUUAUUCCUGCAUACUGUCCUGAAAUAUGUAAACUACAGGUAAUAAGAACGUACACGAAGCAGCUUCUCCAAGGACUCGGAUACCUUCAUCAGAAUGGAAUCAUACACAGGGAUAUAAAGGUUUCGCUUAUACAUAUGGCUCUAUAUGGUGAAGGCUCGCCACCUCUCAUACCUCUGUUAAAAGAAUAAAAUGGUCUUAUCAUGCAUUCCAGGGAGCAAAUAUUCUUGUAGACAACAAAGGUUGUAUCAAGCUUGCUGACUUCGGUGCAUCAAAAAGGGUAGCCAAACUGGUAAGUGCACCUAAGGCCUCGUUCCCUUCGAUCCUUUCUUUUGAAAGUGUCAGUUUCUUGUAUUGUUAUGAAUUCUCUAUUCUUAUUUCUUCUGCUUCUCUUCUAGUUUAGAGUUCAUUUUAAAGUGGAAAACUUUGGAAACCAUAUUCCUAUUGUUGUUCUGAGGCUUUUCUACUAGUAUAAUGAUAAGGAAUUUCUUCCUUAAAUUUCUGAUUAUAUUUUCUUAAAGGAAGUAUUUCCAUAAUCAACUCCGUCAUUAUGUAUUUAGUUCCCUCUUUUGGUUUCUUUUUUACUUAGUGACGUCAUUGUUACUCUUAUAGGCAACCUUAAAUGCCGCCAAAUCUAUGAAAGGCACACCGUAUUGGAUGGCUCCAGAAGUAAUUGUCCAGACAGGACACAGCUUGUAAGAACCAAAAUUCUUUAAGCUUCUUCAUAGAUGAACAUAGUUAUAACAUUUAUUCUGAAGCUUAUUUAACAGGAAGGCAACUAGACUCUGUUCUUGUUAAAUAUGAUUGAUCAUUUCAUUGCUUUAUGUAUGAUGUUAGAUAUUAAGUAGUUAUUGCAUUGGUUUUACAUUAUCUUUGACCUAUAUUCUCUAUUGAAAUCAUUCUUUUCACUUUUAAUCGUUGUGUUUAUACAAAUUUUGGUCCGUUGAAAUUUUUGAUGCUUGUAAAGCUACUAUUGUGUCCAUUUCUUCAGCAUGUGUCGUAUAAAUCAUUUUUUGAGAUACUCGGGAGAAAAUUAUUUAAUUUUUAAAAUAAAAUUAAUAGUGGAUAGGGAUACUAACUGGUAUCAGUGAAGCUCUGUGCAGAGGACUAAUGAUUAACUUUUUUGAUGGAAAAGAGAAAGAUAAAUGAUUUUAUGUUGUUCAUUUACACUCUGCGCCAACUUAGACGAUCUGUGAUAUAGAAUAAAAUUGCCGAUAAUGUGAAUGUCAGAAAAGUGUGGCCUAGAUGGCUACCUAGACAGCUUGAAAAGAUGGAAAAUUUGAAGAUCUAAAUAGAAUCAUUUAGGUUGUCUAUAAGGCCCAAGACAAGUUUUAUUUUCUUAAGCUUAUUAGAUUUUUCCCUUAACUAAGAAAAGUUUAAAUGUUAGUAGAUUUUCUUAUUAAAUCCUAUUGUCCUGGGGCUUUAGAAUCACUUUUUGAUUAUAUAAAGAAGCAUGCAUUACAGAUAUUUUUUUUGACUAAUAAUAUUAUUCGAUUUGUCCCUCUCCUUAUAAAUUCAAGAGACGUUCUAUUUUUAUUAUAGAUUCAAGGAUUAGUCUAUAAUUCCUUAGUGAUUCUAGGAUUGUUGUUUCUAUUUCUUGUCAAUUUAAGGUUUGAACUAUCAUCCUUAGCUUUCACUAAAUCAAAUGGAAUUAGAAUAAGGUUUUUUAGUCUUCAGUUUGCCUGUUUGAAGAUAUUUUGUGCACGUGAUGGGGGCAGCCUUGUUGAUAACAUUGUUUGUGUGGUAGGAGCUCUUUUAAGAGUUGAGUUUUUUGAGACCCAAGACAGUGUCAAUCAAAGUUGGGAUGAUAUUCAUUCUACUUUGCAACCAUUGCUAGUGUUCAUGAUUGGUAAGGACACCUGUGUGUUUUCAAUGUAGUGAUCUUGGAUGGCUAAUUUAUGAUUAAAACUCAUCUCCAUCGCAUAGGGAGCUAGCUAGUGAGGAAAAACUUGGGAAAUUUCUAACAUGUAAGUUGGUGGAUUGUGCAUGAACAUUGUGAAUGGAGCUCAUGUAACCCAUUUUAUUGAUAGAGAAGAUCCAGAACAAACUUCAUGGCCAAAGUUGCAUCUAAUGAAAGAUUCUUGACAUCUAAUCAAUAUUAGAGGUCCGCAUGCUGUACUAGUACAAGAAAACUUGAAGACAAGUUCUUUUAAGUAGGAAGAUUGAUGUAGAAAAAAAUCACUAGAAUUGAAGAAAGUUAAAAAUGUGUAACUCACAGCCCGAAUAGAGUCAUCAAGUGGACUAUAAGAAGCAGAACACGUUUUCUUUUUUUAUGCUUCGAAACUGUUCCGUUUAUCUUGGAAAUUUUAUUCCUAAGCAGAUUUUUUUCUAAGAUCUUAUUUUUUAAAAGAUUUAGACUUUUUACUUUUUAUAAAAGGUGCUCACUAUUGGUGAAGAUGCUAUUUUUAACUCUAGAGCUAGUGGGGGUAAAGCAUUUGCCAUAAGGUGUAAUUUCGUUAUUUUUUUUUUUUGAAAAUAAAUAUGAAAUUUGUGCUAUUAUAUAUUCAGGACUAAUCUAAGCAUGCAGGUCCUUACUUGAAACCAAGAGGGAUAUGAAUUGGGAUAUGACCUCCAUGAGUACUAGCUGUUUGAAUUAAACCCAGGUUAUAACAUAUUAUUUGAUUAUUGAGUCCGUCUAUGAUUGGAAGGAAAGGCUUGCAAAACAAUGACUAUCCUAGUUAUUUUAUAAAAUAUUAGCAAUAUGAGAGUCAUUAAAUGUUUAGAUAGAACAUAAAAAUUGUUAUUGAUGUAGCCUAAAACCUGAAAAAGUCGUUUGACCUGGGGUAGACGCGUAAAGAGGAUAAAUUGAUGCUCUUGUCAAGACAUGGAAAUAUGUUUGUGAGUCUUUUGACUUGAGAAGGGGGUGUUGAAAAGAACUUGGAUGAAGCAUUGAAAAACUAACUUUUAGGAAGAUGCCUUGAAUUGUGAAAGUGAAAACUCUGCUUUGUCUGCAUCAUCGAUGAUGCAUUGAAUAAUUGUUCAAACUUCUAAAAACGCCUUUAUUUUUCAGUCAACACUGUGUUCAAUGAGACAUACACUGAGAGAUGUUUUGAAGAGCACAGCCUUGCUGAGUUUAUUAAUAAAUUCGUAUAGGUAAUCAAAAUGCUAUCUUUCAAUAUCCUUUUCCUGUUACAGAGCAUUUUAGGCUGAUUCUGCUCCCUUUCAACAUAAAUAAAUAUCUUAAGUGAAUUUAGUUGAUGGAUGUGAAUUGUGGGGGACCUGUGUAAGUUAUUGAUGGCUAAGUUCAACGAAGAGGAUAUGUUCCAUGUAAAACUACUCUAGUGCUACUCUUUUUUUCUUCUUUUAGUCUAGACUUGGAAUUCGAGUCAAGUUGGCCCCCUGACACGUUGAUCUAGUCGCCACCGGAGCCGCUCACGGAUGUAGUUGCAGAUACGCGAGUCUUAGUGGGUCGUUUGCUCCCAUUCUCCUCUCCUCUGUCAUCAGUGACACUUUUUUUUUGUAAAUACACUCUUCAUACUCCCAUUGUCUCUCUUUCCCCGUUAUUCAUUUCAAGUGCUCCUCACAAGUUUCCGUUUGUAAACUCUUGUGCCCUUCUCAACCUGCUUUUGUCCCCUUAGCUGCUCUCCUAUAUGUACAAACGUUUUCCCUUCUCUCUAUUUCGCCAUCCUUAAACGUAGCUACUGCCUAUUAAACACUGCAUGGGCAACAUUACCUCAACUUUCACGCCAUGGUGGUGUAUAUGGAACCUCAUGAUGGCAUCUACUCACCAUGAAUGAAGUUGUCAGUGAAACCAAAAGCUCCUGCUGGAAGUCCAACCAUUUUGAAGGAGUGAUUUGUUGCCAGUGGGCUCGGGUGAUGAUGGUAAGUUUUUGAAUCUCGCCAAAGUUUCCUCAGUGUUGUUGAAGAACAAAAACUAUUUGUUGCAGAUAAUCGAACUUACUAGGAGAGAAGAACUUACAAAUUCUUAACUGGUUGUACAGAACACUUAGAGAUGAUCGAAUGUUGGCUCUAAUACCAAGGAGAAAGAAGAAAACCACGAGGAAUUCACAUGAUAGUAGAGACAAACACGAUGCUGAGAGGAAAGGAGGGAAAUAACUAUUUAAAUGAAAACGUCCGACUUGGUCAUAGCUAUUAUAACGGGCCCCAUUCAGUGCUUCAUGGCUUAAGUGUUUCCUCUUAUGUUCCUAUUAACCUGAUUUGACAUUAUUACCAUACGGAUGGUGCCCUAUGUUCCUCAUCAAGGAGGGAUGGUGAUAAGAGUUACCCAUUACAUGCUGCAAGUUGGCAGCAACCAACUAGGUUGUCUGGCGAUGGUAAUAAUUUUGUGAUGGACAUCCUCCUUUCUAGCGGUGUUUCUGCAAUGUAUGCAUCAUUUUACCCAUUAGGAUAAGCUCUGCGCUUUUUCUGAUAAUUUUGUUUAUUUUUUUAAAAUAUUCGAAAAUAAUUUAAAUUAAAAUUUUUCUGAUGACAGUCUUUAUUUUUUAGAAGACUUUCUGAAGCUCAUUACCUUUUAGUUUUCUUCCCUCAUGAUGUUAUCCUUCAUUAUUUGCUCUAUGCUUCCUUUGCUAGUUAGUUUCCUUCUAUCAUUUGACAGUUUUACUGUUCACCUAUCAUAUUCUUUUUUUCUCUUCCAUAUGACAUUAGAUUUCUUGUUUUUUUCAUUCCCUGCCGCAGUUUUCUUAUUGCAAUGGGUAAACUCAUCUCUUCUGAUUGUACAUUUUCAAUGUCGUAGCUCUGCUGACAUUUGGAGUGUUGGCUGCACGGUUAUCGAGAUGGCCACUGGUAAACCUCCUUGGAGUCAGCAGUAUCAAGAGGUAACUGAUGGUUAUUCUUUUUUGUUUUUUCGUUAUUCACUUGUAUUAUAUCAGAGUCAGUGAUUUUCUCUAUAGCCUUAAUCAUUUUCAUGUAGGUAUCAUGGCACAUAUUGCCAACUUUUCUUUUCUUUCAACUCAUUUAUUGUGCAAGAUUCAUCUUUGGCGAAGAGCAAUGUGGACCAGUUGUUUCCAUUUCGUGUUUUAUGUACGGUUGAUUCAGGUGUUCGCUUGCUACUGAUAUUCAGUUUCCUCAGGUUGCUGUUCUGUAUCACAUUGGAACGACAAAGUCACAUCCGCCGAUCCCAGAGAAUUUAUCCCCAGAGGCGAAGGAUUUUCUUUUGAGAUGUUUACAGAAGUAUUCACUGAAUCUCCAUUGCCAUUUAUUAUUUAUUUGCAGCAAGAAGUGCAGAGACCACUUUCCUAUAUUUUAAUACACCAAUAAACCUUUGGUUCUGUGGCUAAAUAUUUGACUCUUAAGAUCAUUUGAAGGCAAUUCAUAAUAGAGAAAAGCGGAUUUUGUGACUCGUGAUGAAUAACUGACUAGUUUAAAUGAUAUAAGUCAGAUAUGCAAUUCGAAAUGUUAAAGCUGAUUUUAGUUUUAAUUUCAUUAUAGACCUGUUUUCAAAACAAAGUAACCUGCAUUUCCAUCUAGUUCUCACAGAAGUAAUGUUUUAUCUUUGAAAUCUCUUUCCAAAAAUUUAACAUUAAAGCUACUGACUCCUUGAUUGAUUACUUCAACACAUUUUAAUAAGUACUGGAGUGUUUAUUUGAUCAUCGAAUCCAAUCUGCAUAUUCUCCCAUUUUAUUUUCUUCCUAAGGACUUAUUUGGGAGCCUAUAUGAAUGUUUCAGAUGCAUUAUCAAGGAUCCCAUGGAAGCAUAUUACUGAAAUGCAUUUUAAGAUUGAUAUCGCUAGCUAGUUCUUUCGGUAUAUGGUAGUCAUCUAGGUAAUUUUGUUGUACUACCCCCCAUUCUAAUAAUGCCUCGACCUUGAAGGGAACCAAACAUGAGGUCAACAGCUUCUGAGCUUCUUCAGGUAAAACUCAUACACAGUGCUCAAAACUUUUUACUGUUGUAGGUCUGUGUGUAAUGACCUCUCGUUUCUAAUCUCUUGCCAUCAUUGAUUAAAUUCUCUUUUGAGAAUUGUUCACUGUAAUAAUCUUCUUUGAAUUGCUGCACAGCAUCCUUUUGUCACCGGGGAAUGUCAAGACGCCCGUCUGUCGUCUUGUUCUUCAGAUACGGUGCGUGUAUGCUUUGACUUCUACUACUUUGUUCCACAUUAUUAAUUUUUUGCUUUUAUACUUACGAUGUGUAUAACUGCCAGGCAAGAUCUCCAAGUGCUCUUCAGACAUCUGAAUGUGAGCUGGAAAACUCGUGGGUGCCAUCUCAAGUCGUCCUUAUCUUCAUAUGCUAUAUUGUUGUCCAAUUACUAUUGACUUUGGAAGGGUCUUUAAACUGCAGCCGUAAUACAGUAAUGCAAGCCACAGCUACGUGUGGAGUUGUGAAGAAUGUGGAUGAGUUUGGAAGCGAAAUAUUCUCAGCAUUAAGCCCUGAAAAGCUCAUUAGUGCCAGGCCUAUUUGGGAGAUGGAUGAUAGUGACCAAAUGUGCCAGCUUGAUGACCAAGAUGACUUCUCGACUAUUGGAAAAGUAAAACUUCUGUACUUUCAUUUUUUCUCUGGCAAGGUUUAUUGAGAUCAUUUCUUGCCCAUAUGUUGUUCGUGAUAGUAUCAUAUCUGGGUUUUUUUUUUAAUUAUGGUUUUUUUCUUGUAGAGCUUUAACCCAAUGUCUGAACCCUUUGAGGAUUGCUGGCAUUGCGAAGUUGAUGCUACUCAGGAACAAAGAAGAGUAGUCUCUGAGGAACAUAACUGUGGAUCUGGAGAGAGAGAAAAUCAUGGCAUAUUUCCCUGUGAGUCAAUUUGUGAGGAUGAUGACGAAGUCACUGAAACAAAAAUUAGGGUUUUUCUUGAUGAAAAGGUGAAUUAGGAGUACAUGACUCAUUUAUCGUUAUAUUAUGUGAAAACCACCUGAUUUUACCCACGUCAUCGGUACUAUCUCCAACAUUAUCUUGUCAGGCGAGGGAUCUAAAGAAGCUGCAGACACCACUUUAUGAGGAAUUCUACAACACUAUAAAUGCCUCCAAAUUGCAACAUAUUGCCAGCAAUAUUCCGGAGGAAAGCAAGUCGUCACCAAGAAGGGCCAGGCCUGAGCUAUCCACUCCCCAGGUUGAUGCUCCAGCUAGUGUAAGCCCUGGGAGGCAUGCCUCAAGUGGUAAUAGUGGUGACCGAGUUUUGAGGGAAAUUCCUUCACCCCAGCUUAAUGAGUCGGAAGGGACACCUGACAUUGCAAAACAACAUCCCAGUGAUUUGAGGUUAGCUGAGGCUAGUUUAUUUGAAACCUCUCUGCAAGUGGAUAAGCCGGCAGCAUUUUUUUUUUAACUCUAUUUUUAAUUUUCAGUGAAAAGAACAGGGAAAACAUUAUGUUUCAUCAUAUUCAAUGAAUUUUAAUUAAUAUAGUUUUUACAAGCGUUCACUUAUUCCUUUCUAAAGCGUUAUGUUGAAUUAUAGUUUCAACUUCUGUGAGAGGCGGAGGAAAUGGAAGGAAGAGCUGGAUCAAGAGCUUGCGAGUCAAAGGGGUAAGUAGUUAUUAAUCCCUCACGCAGAUGAAUGAUCAUGCUAUAGUUCAUGUGGAUAUGAUAGGCAGCACCUUAAUCUUUGACUGCAGAGAUGAUGCGCCUGGGAGGUGUUGGAGGAAGAAUAUCUUCCCCGAAAGAUAAAUGCCUGAGCAAGAAGCUGGGCUGGUCACGGAUCAUCUCCUAA